AUGGAUGGCCACAAUCUUGCUUCUCCCAACACAAUGAAUUUUUUGGCAAAUGCUGGAAACCUUAAUCUUGGCCAAAAAAAAUUUAUUUUUGACAACUCUAAAUUGAACAUUGGUCCAAACAAGUCUUAUAAGUUGAUGAAGGAACAUAUUGUUAGCUAUGAUAAUAUAGGUGCAACAUUGAAUGAUUUCAAGAACUUUAAUCGAGAUUUGAAAGCUUACAUUCAAGAGAAAGAUGCUUCGAUGUUUAUAAACAAUUUGAAAGAAAAAGCUGUAAACAAUGAAGGUGCCUUUUUCUUUGACCAUUGUAUGGAUGAACAUCAACGCUUGACAAGAGUAUUUUGGGCAGAUGCAAUUAGUAGAAAAAAUUAUUCGUUGUUCUGUGAUAUGAUUACAUUUGAUACAACAUUUGACACCAACAAAUACUCUAUGGUUUUUGCCCCAAUUACCGGUGUUGAUAACCAUGGUAAGUGUGUGACUUUUGGGAUAGGCUUACUUGAAAAGGAGGAUAUUGAAUCCUUUGAAUGGUUAUUUGAAACUUUCUUAAAAGCAAUGAAUAACUGCCAGCCUCCCUGUAUCAUGACAGAUCAAGACCCGGCGAUGAAAGUGGCAAUUAAAAAUGUUCUUGAUAAGGCAAAACAUAGGUUUUACCUUGAACCAGAAGAAUUUGAAAUUGGUUGGCACUAUGUGAUAUCUGAAUUUGAUUUAGUGAAUGAUGAUUUGUUUAAGAAUAUGUUUAAUAUAAGGAAUAUGUGGAUUCCUUCCUACUUUCGUGACCUUUUUAUGGGUGGGAUUUUAAGGUCAACCCAAAGAUCUGAGAGUGAAAAUAGUUUUUUCACUAAUUUCACCAAUCAACAUUUGUUAUUGGUUGAGUUGUGGUUUUGCUAUGAAUCCGCAAUUGAUGCUCAAAGGCACACACAAGACAAGUUGAAUGCUACUUCGAAAACUACACAUCCCCAACUUGUCGCCCCCCUGCACUUGGAAAAGCAUGCUGCACUAGUUUACACUCAUAAUGUAUUUUACAUAUUCAAAAAGGAAUUCAAGAAUGCUUUGUACAAUUGUGGUAUAGGUAGUGUUACCAUCAAAGAAGAAGAAGGGAUUGAGCAAUAUAGAAUUGUUGAAAACACUAGGAAAAAGAGCUAUCAUUUCACAUAUGUUUUGUGUUCUAAUGAUGCUUCUUGCUCCUGUAGAAUGUUUGAAUCUGUUGGAAUAUUAUGUCGUCACAUUCUCUUUGUCAUCAAAGGAAAGUUCUUAUUUGAGAUUCCAAGGCAAUAUGUUUUGCAUCGUUGGAAUAAAGAAGCUAUGAAGAAACCAAUAUUUGGCUUAAACAACAACUUGCUUGAUGGGGCACAGAAGGAUAAGAAGCAAAAGCUAGUUGGUGAUUUAUGGUACAGGUUUUUUUCAUGUGUAAGUCUUUGUGAGGAGAAAGUUGAAUGUCUUGAGUCAUUGUUGUCUAAGCUAAUAUCUUUUGAAAAUGAGAUGAAAGACUUGGAAUCUGAAGGUCCAGUUGAUAAACGUGAAGCAAAAAAUAAACACAUCGAAUUAUUUGUUGGAUCUAAUGACAUUGUUGUUGAUAUUCUUCCUCCAAAAAAGUCUUCCAACAAAGGUAGCGGUAGUGAAAAAAGGAAAAAAUCAGACAAAGAGAUUGCUAUUGGGGAAAGCCAAAAGAAAGAUAGACUUUGUAGAACUUGUGGUCAGAGAGCAAACCAUGAUAGUCGAAAUUGUCCGCAAAAAAAAAAUCCAAAUUGA